CCACUAAUUCAUCCCCACUUUGAAACUCCCAACUCACGCAUUUUUUCAAUCACAAUUAUUUUUCUUUUUUUCGGCGAACGUACCAACUCAUGGCACGUGGUUUUACACACGCUGCGCAAACGCUCCCGAAAGGAACUCAGUUGAGCAUAUUCCAUUGGAGUGGCCAAGUUCGACAGGUACUUCUCCCAAAGCCACCAGAGGACCACGCACAGUGUGACCAAAAAUCUGUUCAGCGGGACUAAAGUCCGUGGAUUCUUGCACACUCUCGGGCACAGCAAGGAGGAUAAAAGUAAUGCCAAAAGAAGAAGCAGUCUUGAAGUGGGAAUGUCAAAAGAAGAAUAUGAGAAGAGAAAACGAACAUACUCGUACACCUCAAGUUCCGCAAAGUUAAGGAGGAAUUUUGCGCGAGUGCCGCAAUGCGUGCGGUGAUCAUCCUCUUGUCUGCCCUGCUUCCACUCUGUCCCUCCCAUGAACAAGAUCCUUUCGCCUGGCUGUACAGCCGCCGGAGUGCCAUCCAAACGGACAACGCGGGAGGCGAGUGCCCACCUGAGUGCGACUGUCCUCCGACCUUUUCCAUCGCCAUGUAUUGUGAUGCGCGGGGCCUGACCGUCAUGCCCAGCGUCCCCUCCCGGAUGAAGUACUUGUACCUCCAAAACAACGCCAUCUCAGCCAUAUCCGACUCAGCUCUGGUCAACGCGACCAAUCUGGUGUGGCUUAUGAUGCACCACAACCGGCUCACGUCGGAUGGCAUCGGCGAGAAGGCCUUUUCGCAGUUGGAACGACUGGAGCGUUUUUAUUUACAACACAACAAUUUGACCAGCAUCCCUCGUAACCUCCCUCGCACCCUUCGGGACCUGAGGAUCAACCACAACAACAUAGAUAAGGUAACACCUUCAGACCUCGAGGGAAUGGAUAACCUCACAAUCCUGCAUCUCCAUGACAACGCUAUCACCGACAUGGGUGCAUCACUAAAGUCCCUGACAUCCCUCACGCUGUUGGACGUCAGCGGCAACAAGUUGUCAAAGGUGCCAGAGGCUCUCCCCGAACGAUUGCACCAACUCUACUUGGACUCCAACUCCAUCGCUUCUCUGCCUGAGGCGUUCUUGGCCACUUUGACACAGCUGCAGUACCUUCGGAUGGCCCACAACCAGCUCACAGACAAGGGCCUGCCGUCCAACAUCUUUAAUGCGACAGGCCUGGUGGAACUGGACCUGAGCUUCAACCACCUGGAGAGAAUCCCUCUGGUCAGCUCCGCUCUGCAGCAUCUCUACCUCCAAGCCAAUCGCAUAAAAGAGUUCACAUUGGGGAGUUUCUGCCGCAUUGUGGACGUUACCAACUUCUCCAAGUUGCAAACUCUACGUCUGGAUGGGAAUGAGCUGAGUCAGCAGGACAUCCCAUCGAAUUCGUCGCUCUGCCUCCGUUUGGCCUCCAGCAUUGACGUUUAAAUUGUGUACUCGACCUUUUCAUAACGCCACCUCAGUCAUGAACUUUGUUGUAAUAAAUUGCUACCGCUGCAGGAUUAUUUGACAUCAACAACAGCCUUUUGGGGUUUUUUUUGUCUUUUGAUUUGAUGUUGAAUGUUUCUGUGUUCAACAAAAAACAUUUACUUCAAGAAAAAUAUCAUCUUAGUUUUUUUAGGGACUCUUACAAAUGAUAUAUAGCAGGUCAUUUUUUCCCUUACUCUUUUUUUCUUGUACCACAAUUUAUUUGAAAAUGUCGAAUCAGAUGUAGUGUACGACAAGUUUGACAGAACUCUUCCUUCGUUCAGCACAUGUUGACUUUGAAGGUACAUGCUGGAGUUGCAUUCAAGAUGAUCUUUCCUAAAGUGACAUUACUUGAUUUUGUACAAGUGCACUCUCACGUGCGGCGUUAAAAGAUGGUUGUCAUCUUUUUCUUUCCUUUAACUUUGUGCAUGAAUUAAACGCAAACAUUCGACGUA